ACAAAAAGUUUUUAUUCAAAUUGUAAUAUGUACUAUUUUUUAAUUAAAUAAAAUAAUCUUUUAACUGGUCGUAGAUAAACGAGUAUUUUUUAAAUAUAGGUCAGCUUAGCAAAGGUUAUAAUAGAGAGUGUAAUCGAUAAUUUAAUUAAUCGACCUCGGUGUAACUUUUGAAUGACACCAUUUUGUUACCAGCCUCUACCUGUUGUAUGCUCUGUAUCGUAUGAAAACAAUAACAUUAUUUAAUAUUUUUUUGUAAAUUUAAUAAAAAAUGAGUGAAUUAAUAGCGUGCCGUGUGUGUUUAGUGUUUGAUAAUGUGCAAUUAUUCAAAUUAAGUAAAUAUGAAUUGGUGGCAGCAUACGAAUUUCUAACUGGAAGUCAGAUAUCCAUAAACGAUGGCCUACCACAAUACUUAUGUACAUACUGCAGGGCUCAACUCAUCAAAUGUAUGGUGUUCAAAAACAAAUGCUGUAACACACAGGAUACUUUGAGAUAUAUGUGUGAAGAACAGGGUGGGCUAACAAUAACAGACCUACUCAACCUCAGUAAACCACUAAAUCUCAACCAAUUAACGAUAACAACAAACACAACAACAAUAGACAUAGAAUAUAAUGAAACAGAGAUAAAAGAAGAAGUGGAAAUUAAAGAAGAGAUAGAAGAACCAAGGAAGAGAAGACACAAGAAGAAAGAGUAUGUAGAAAUCAAAUAUGAAGACAACGAUUUAGAAUUACUCUCGUAUAGCGAUAACGAAAUUGAUAACACGCAGAAGGAAUUUGAAGAUUUCAACGUUGAAGUUAUUAUUUUGACGAAGGAAGAACAAAUACAGGAAAUAGAAGCUAGAAAGAAUUCGUUUAAUUACUUAAAUUCGUAUUUUAAAUGUGAUAAAUGUUAUAAAGGGUUUAUUACACAUAAGACGUAUAAGAAUCAUAUGAUGCGGCAUGACCCGAGUAGAGGCAACUACGUAUGCGAUGUUUGUCUGUCCGUCUGGUCGGAGGAGAAAGCGCUAAGAGCUCAUAUAAUAACUUCACACCAGAGGAAGUAUGUUUGUAAGCUGUGUGACCACGUGUCUAGAUCAACUAAUCGCGCUAAGGAACACAAUAAAUGGCAUAACGGAUACACAUUUGACUGUAAAAUAUGUGGAGCAUCGUUUUCCAAAUCAACAAGCCAACUAACACACAUAAGACUACAGCAUCCGACGAAUAAUUCAUGCGAUAUAUGUGGAGAAUCUUUCCUCGGAGAAUAUGGACUGAGAAUGCAUAAGAAAAGGGCACAUUUGAAUGUUGAUGAGACAAUCGAAGAUUACACGAAGACAUGUGAAACAUGCGGUGUUAGAUUCAAAAGUGAUGACGCUAUGAAACGUCACUUGACGUACAGUGGUGAUGGCAAAUGUGUGCCGGUGUUGAGACCUUGUCCCGAAUGCGGAGAGGCUUUCGAAUCGGAGGAAAUGUUGGAAAAACACGCGAAGGAACAUCCGCUAGAUGGCACUGUUACUUGUUUUGAGUGUAACAGGUCAUUCGCGAACGCACGCUCGCACGCGACACACGUUCAGCGAGUGCACUUGGGUAUCAAGAUGAAACAGCCCUCGAAACCGGGGAAACGACGCCCGGAGACGGUUGUGUGUGAAAUAUGCGGGAAGGAGUGUAUUACAAAAGCAACCCUAAUUUGCCAUCAAAGAAUACACUCUGGUGAAAAACCGUUCCAAUGCAGCGAAUGCCCGAAGAAGUUUAGCGUUUACCAACGCUUACAGAUACACUUACGCACGCACACGGGCGAGUGUCCAUACAAGUGCGAGCGGUGCCCGAAGGCGUUCAAACACAAGGCGGCUCUCAACAGGCACAGCCGGGUACACACGGGCAUCAAACCGUACGGCUGUGCACAUUGUGGUAAAACUUUUUCGCAAUCGAACUCCAUGAAACUACACGUGAACACAGUGCACUUACGACUGCCAGCGCCAUAUAGGAAUAAGAAAAAUAAAUAAUUGUUGUUUA